AUGUCGGCGGCGCGCCGAGCGCACGUUUCACCCGCGCGCGUCGGUUCCGAGCGCGCGCGCGGAUGCGGACGAACGCGACCUCGACCCGCUCGAUCGAGCGCGACGAUUGGCGGGAGACGAGGCGAACUGCAGGUGCGAGGUUGCGGCAUCAUCGGGAUCACGACGCGGGACACGGAGCGGGCCGUCGCCGCCGAGCUGUACGAAGGACUGUUGAUGCUUCAGCAUCGCGGACAGGACAGCGCUGGGAUGGUGACGUACGAUGGAUCGCGAUUUCGAGAGAAGAAGGAUAACGGGCUGGUGAAGGACGUGUUCGAAAAGAGCUCGAUGAAGUACUUGGAGGGACACAUCGGGUUGGGGCACGUGCGAUACCCGACGGCGGGCGGUCUGAGCGCGACGGAGGCGCAGCCGUUCUUCGUGAACCAGCCGCUCGGGAUUUAUCUCAUUCAUAACGGCAACUUGACCAACGCGGAUUAUCUGAGAGAAAAGGAGCUGAACAACCGACACUUGCGCACUGGGAGCGACUCGGAGAUUUUGUUGAACGUCUUCGCCGAGGACCUGAGCAAGGAAAUCUCGUCCAACCCAAACAAGGAUAAGGACAAGCAGCUCUUCGACGCGGUGACGGAAACCAUGGGCAAGGUGAAAGGGGCGUACUCUAUCAUCUCCCUCAUCAACGGCCAGGGCAUGUUCGCGUUCCGGGAUCCGCACGGCAUUCGUCCGCUCGUCUUGGGGCAGCGACAAAACGCAAACGGUCAGGACGAGUGGUGCGUCGCGAGCGAAGACGCCGCGUUCGGACCCCUUGGAUUCUCCAUCGUGCGCGACGUCAACCCGGGAGAGGCAAUUUUGAUCACCGACGAGGGUAAGAUGAUCUCUCGUCAGUGCGUGAAGGGCGCCAUCUCUCCGUGCAUCUUUGAGUACAUUUACUUAGCGCGACCAGAUUCGCAAAUCAACGGUAUCUCUGUGUACGAGUUCCAGCUCGAGCUCGGCCGUCGUUUGGCCAAGCGCAUCAACGAGCGCGGUUGGGAGAUCGAUACUAUCGUCCCCGUUCCGGACGGUUCGCGUCCGAGCGCGAUCGAAGUCGCCUCAGCGCUAGACCUGCCGUACCGUGAGGGCUUGGUGAAGAACCGUUACGUUGGUCGCACGUUUAUCAUGCCAGAUCAGCGCACACGUGAGCUGUCCGUGCGACGCAAGUUGAACGCCAUGCGCUCCGUUUUCAACGGUAAGAGCGUUCUGCUCAUCGACGACUCGAUCGUUCGUGGGACGACGAUGAACCAAAUCGUCAAGAUGUGCCGCGACGCGGGAGCCGUUAAGGUUUACCUCGCCUCUGCGGCACCGCCUGUUCGAUAUCCAAACGUGUACGGCGUCGACAUGCCAUCGCGUAAGGAGUUUGUUGCAGAUAACAAGACCGAGGAGGAGAUCUGCGCGACGCUCGGCGCCGACGGUUUGAUUUAUCAAACCGUCGACGACCUGUUGCAAGCGGGCCUCGGCAUGAACGCGCAAAUUCCGCGCUUCGACGCGUCGUGCUUCAACGGUGACUACGUAACUGGUGAUAUCGACGAUAAAUACCUCGAGCGCCUCGAGGCUGCCGGUCGCGGUAAGGGCAAGACGGGUGCCACGGCACCGGCGCGAUGA